AGCCAGUAUCUGUUCUCCAUGAACACAGCUCCGGUACAGAGACACAUUGUCCAUGGCUUUUUUAAUUAAAGACCCACAGGUCGAUGUUGUGUGCCAGGUGACCUGAACUACUCCAAGCCUACAUGUGUCUCCUUGCUGUCCUCUCCAGUGGGGAUAAGUCUCAGUGAAUAAUUGGAGGGGAAAUGCUAUACCGCUAUCAUGAGAUGGAGGAAGGAUUAUCUGGAGCAGGUUAUAAAGACAGGGUGGGAGUGUCUGUGAUUUUUUUCCCCUGAUCCUCCUCUCCAGUGCAUUAGAGCGACCAUCCCAAGAAGGUUUCCAAACAGAACCACCAUGGAGCAUCUAGAGAGAAGACUGCCUCUAGCUCUCCUCCUGCUUCUGCCUGUUCUAUCUGUCAGAUGUCUCACCAGUCAAAAAACCACAGUUUCCUGGUGUGUGGUGUCUGAUGCUGAGGAGCAGAAGUGUCUGGAUCUUGCUUCCAAUGCCACAGCCAGAAAUAUUAGGGGAACGUUGCAGUGUGUGCGUGGCUUUAACACCAGGGACUGCAUGGAAAAAAUAAAGAAUGGGACAGUGGAUGCAUGCUCCAUGUUUGCAGAUGACAUCUAUGCUGCCGGCCUCUGCCAAGGGCUGGAUGUGGCUGCUGGAGAAUCCCACAAUGGUGUGGAUGGUAUCGGUUACUAUGUGGUGGCCAUGGCUCGUCGCUCCUCAUCAGACCUGUCCCUUCUGGAGAUGCAUGAGCGCAGUUCCUGCCAUCCUGGUAUACGGACCACAGUGGGGUGGACCGUUCCAAUUGGCUAUCUCGUUAACACCUCUCAAAUCAGUGUGGGGGAACAGUGCAACUUCCCCAGAGCUGUGGGGAACUUCUUUGGUUACAGCUGUGUUCCAGGCAUCAAAGACCCCCUGCAUGACCCCCGAGGCAACAACCCCAAGAACCUGUGUGAAGCCUGUAUAGGAGAUGAGAAUGACAGACAUAUUUGUGCCAACAACCCCCGAGAGAGGCAUUAUGGGGAGUCUGGAGCGCUGAGGUGUGUGGCUGAGAACCUGGGUGACGUGGCUUUUGUCAAACACACAACUGUUUUUGACAAUCUGGAUGGUAAGAACCAGGAGUCCUGGGCCCUGGAUCUGGAGCUGGAGGAUCUGAAACUGUUAUGUCCUGAUGGGACUGAAGCCGCUCUAGAUGACUUUGAGCGAUGCCAUCUCGCUGCCGUCCCUGCUAACGCUGUGGUGGUGCGUUUAGAGGAUAAAUGCCGUGUGUGGAAGUACCUGGAGCGCUUGCAGAAUGCAUUUGGCAACGCUACCGAGGGUUUCAGCCUGUUCAGCUCAGCGGGCUAUGGCGAAUCUGAUCUGCUCUUCAGUGAUUCCACCCACCAUCUGCAAAGGGUUCUGGGUAGCUACACCUCUUGGCUGGGCCCCUCUUACACCACUAUGCUGCAAGCCUUUGAGUGUGAGGGCUUCUGCUGAUAGAACAGGAGGAAAGUAUCCAGCACAUCAACUUCCCACCCCGUCCCUGCAUCACCGUCUGCCUGUUCUGCCUCCCCUCCCUGCCAUCUGUGGUGCCUCACUCUCCAUCUUCUCCUUUUCCUUUUUGGCCUCAGAUGCUUGUUUUCCUCCUUCAUUCACCAUCAAUUCUGUAUCAUUAUGUUCUUCCUCUGAUACACUGGCUGGCAGGAUAGGACAUCAUUAACAGGGACUAAUUGAGUAAGAAAGACCUUUAGAGAAUGUCCCUUAAAGCGAGCACCGGUUUAUACUGAAGGAAGGGUAGAAAGUAGAAAACAGUAGGAUAUAAAUAAGAAAGAAUACAGUAGAAAAGAGGCACAGGUAGAUACGUGGUUUAGUUCUUAUGUUACUGACUGUCUCAUUAAAAUAUGUGAGAAUUUUGUUGGAAUUACUUGAUAAAUACAAACUACCACUCCACAAACCAAAAACUGAGAUCCUACCCUGUAUGGUCAUUGUGAAAUUGUGCUUUUCUUGGGCUUGCUGCAUUAGUCCAAGCUUCAACCCCCCCGCCCCCCCAACACACACACACACGCACACACACACACACACACACACACACACACACACACACACACACACACACACACACACACACGCACACACACACACACACACACAAACCCCUCCCACAGGGUCUGUCUCUGGCACUGAACAAUCGGGUGCUAUUAACUUUGAACUUAGAAGUCUCAUUUACUGUAUGUGAGAGUGUGUGUCAGUGUACACUUUUCCCACAGCCGUUAUUGCCCUAAUUGGCAGCCUAGCACAUGGAUACUGUUUGUGUGUUCGUGACAGAAUGUGUGUCUCUAUGUGUGUGUAUGUUGCAGAGUGUGUUACAGAGUGUGUCGAUAGGAUUGCUGCUGCUUUCCCAUGGCUUAUAUAGCUUACAUAGACUUUGGAUCACUGCUUUCUCGCAGUGUAUUGUUACACUAUACAGGUGGCACAAGGGGAUUAGGGCUCCACUUGCCUCUAGUGACCCUCAGCCAGUUUUUUCCAACCUGAAUUCACCUAAGUUGCCUUCAGCAUUGUCUGUAUGUAACCUACUAUGUCUCUCCUGCUCCUAUAAUCUGCAUAGCUGCAUCUAAAGGUGUAUACACACCUCUGUUAUAUUAUAAAGUGUGUUUUCUACUAUAUGUCAUUUUUAUUUUACCAUUUCUAUCAACAGACAGACACUGAUAAUUGUAAAAGGGAAUUGGAAUGUUCUAGUCUGGAGUUAAAGCAGAAACCAGUCAGAGACAUGUAAUAUUAUCAAAGAGCUGUCAUGAAGAGUAUUUCUGAAUUAAAGUGCUAUGAAGAAAAGGUGGUUGUCAAAAAUGCAUCAUAUUAUUUAUGUAACAUAUUCAAAGGUUCAGUAUGUUAACAUUUAGU